AUGACCGCCAUAAGUGGGUGGGCGGACCAUCUCCCUCACCCCGGGGCCCCCCUGGUCAAUGCCAGCUUGGCCGCUGACGUCAUUGCCGACAUGGCAGCUGACGUGGCAAAGAGGGGGGGCAUCCCCAGCGAGCCCUUGCUGGGUGCUCCGUGGAGCCCCGACGGCAGAAAGUAUCUUCUGGCGCUCUGCUCCACUGGCGGGAUGUCCAACCAUCUCUUCUGUCUGCGAGAGUUCGCUCUGCUCGCAGGCGCUCUCAACCGAACGCUCGUGGUGCCCAUGGGGCCACACGAGCUUACCCUACCGCCCUCCCUCGUGUUUGACGUGCCCUUCCUGCGCGCCUGCUAUGGUCCCAAGACUGCCCUCACCCUCGACGAGUACAAGCAGUUCGUGGGCAGGGGCAGCAUGGAAGUGACCCACGUGCUGUGCCUCGUCAAGGGCUGCCACCUCGUGCCUGACGCUGCACCAGGCGGGCAGUUCAAGGCGAGCAAGGGGCGCAUCAGCCUGGCAAACGUGACGGUGCCGGCAGUGGAGCAGUGGGUGUGGUCGGGCCUACCGGACAAACACUCGCUGCAAGCGUUCCUCAAGGUGUACAGCCGAGUGCCGAACGGUGUGCUGGUGAUUGGCGAGUUCAAGAAGCAACCCAUCACGGAUUCCAUCUUCUUCCGCAUGCUCGCCCCCAUGGACCUCCCGUUCCUGCUGCCCUCACCACCGGGCAAGCAGAGGGGUAGGGCCAAGCCUGCCAAGGUGGUGCCGCGAGACACAUGCCUCGCGUCUCCAGCCAUCCGGCCCCCUGAGCCGCUCAUAGCAGCAGCGCGGCACAUAGUGCAGCGCCAUCUGCUCAGCGGCCAGUUCCUGGCAGUGCAAUUCAGGAGGGGCGACUUCAAGGACUACUGCCGCAAGAAGCACCCAUCGGACGGCUGUUUCCUCCCAGUGGAACAGGCAGCACAGUGCAUGCGCGCUGCAGCCCUGGCAGCACGUGUACCUCUCGUCUUCCUCGCCACCAACGCGCGGCCGCACGAGGUAGCGGCCAUUGCAGCUACGCUCCUUGAGACGCCUCAAGAACAGCCACUGGAGGUUGCAGCUACGGUUUCUGCGGCUGAUACUGCUGUUGUUGGUGCUGCUGCUGCUGCUGCUGCUGGUGCUGCUGCUGCUACAGCGGCUGCUGCAGUGGAGCAGGAACAGCCAUCUAGAGGGGCACUUGAGAGAAGACUGUUGAGUCGAUUCGCAGAUGAGCACCAGAGCAGAGGCCAGCAAGAGGAGAUGCCGCUGCCACCCAAAGAACCGCGCUCACUGCAGGCGGUUGCCCAGCCAUCUGGGCGCAAAUCUCAGCCGUUGGAUCCACGAUCUCAGCGGUCGAUGCCUGCGAUUGCCCGGCGCAUGCUGCCUGGUGGUUCAAGCGGAGGCAUCAAUAUCAAGACCACCCCGCAAGCCGUCGCCACUCUGGAGAAGCUGGUGUGCGCGCUGGGUGCUGGCUUUCUGGGCACAGCCCACUCCACAUUCACGAAUGACAUUGUGCGGCUGAGGCACGGGUUCCGCACUGCCAGGUGCAGCGAUGACUAUAUCUGCAGUGCCGGGCCGAAAGAGGGGUAG